UGGUGGCGGCUGGCCGAUGGCGGGCAGUGGGGGCUGCCGGCGCGGGAGGGACCAGCUGGAGCUGGAGCGGCUGGGCGAGGCGGCGCGGGCCGGCUCCUGCCCGCCGUCGCCGCCGCUCUCCGCCUGCUCGCGGCAGGCCUGGAGCCGGGACAACCCGGGCUUCGAGCCGGAGGAGGAGGGAACGGCGGCGGCGGCGGGGCCGGUGCUGGAGAUGGACGUGGAGUGGGGCAGUCCCGCGGCCGGCGCUUCGUCGUCGUUGGGCAGCAGCGCGGCGGGCAUGGGCGGCGGCGGGCGGCGGCAGCGGCGGGUCCCUGCGGGGCGCGGCGGAACGGAGGUGCCGAGCCGCCACCAGGUGCCACCCGACGGCGCCGCGCCCCGCCGGGCGGCCUGGGCCAAGCGGCUGGCGCGGCGGCUGCGAGGUCUAUGGGGAACAAGACUCAUGGAAGAAAGCAACACCAGCAGAGAGCGAUACCUGAAAAGUGUUUUACGGGAGUUGGUUACGUACAUGGUUUUCCUUGUGGUCUUGUGUGUCUUGACUUACGGGACAGUGAGUUCCAGUAUGUAUUAUUACACGAGGGUCAUGUCGCAGCUCUUCCUGGAAACACCUGUAUCAAAAAUGGAGAAAACUGAUUUCAAAACUUUAUCCACAAUGGACGACUUCUGGAAGUUCACAGAAGGCCCUUUGCUGGAUGGUCUCUACUGGGAAAUGUGGUACAACAACAAAACCAUGGCAGAAAACAAAAGCUUCAUUUAUUAUGAGAACCUGCUCCUAGGGGUGCCUCGUAUUCGGCAGCUGAAAGUUAGAAAUGGUUCAUGCUCAAUACCUGAAGAUUUAAAGGAAGAAAUCAAGGACUGCUAUGAUGUCUAUUCUGUAGCUAAUGAAGAUACUGCUCCGUUUGGACUUCGAAAUGGAACAGCUUGGACAUACACCAAUGAGAAGGAUUUGAAUGGGAGCAGCCACUGGGGCUUGAUUGCCACAUACAGUGGGGCUGGUUAUUACCAAGACCUCUCAAGGAACAGAGAAGUGACAGCUGUGCAGAUUGCUAGCCUUAAGAAGAACCUGUGGCUAGACAGAGGGACCAGAGCAGCUUUCAUUGAUUUCUCUGUAUACAAUGCAAACAUCAACCUAUUCUGCAUUGUGAGGUUGUUAGUGGAGUUUCCAGCGACUGGAGGCCUUGUUACAUCUUGGCAAUUUCAGCCAGUGAGGCUGAUUCACUACAUCUCCACUUUUGAUUUUUUCCUGGCAGCCUGUGAAAUGGCAUUUUGUCUCUUUGUGCUGUAUUACAUGGUGGAAGAGAUUUUAGAAAUUCACAUUCAUAGACUGCACUACUUCAGAAGUCUUUGGAAUUGCCUUGAUGUUCUUAUCAUUGUGCUCUCUGUGGCAGCUAUAGGAAUUAGCAUCUACAGAACAUCAACUGUUGAUAUGCUCCUGAAGAAGCUGCUGGAAGAUCAGAACUCUUUCCCCAAUUUUGAACCUUUGGCAUAUUGGCAAAUGCAAUUCAACAACAUAGCUGCAGUCACUGUGUUUUUUGUCUGGAUUAAGCUUUUCAAAUUCGUUAACUUCAACAGAACAAUGAGUCAGUUAUCCACUACCAUGUCUCGCUGCGUCAAAGAUGUUGUUGGCUUUGCUAUUAUGUUUUUUAUUAUUUUCUUAGCAUAUGCUCAGUUGGCCUAUCUUGUCUUUGGCACUCAAAUUGAUGACUUCAGUACUUUCCAGGACUGCAUAUUUACUCAGUUCCGCAUCAUUUUGGGAGACUUCAACUUCACAGAGGUUGAAGAAGCUAAUCGAAUUUUGGGACCAAUUUAUUUCACUACAUUUGUGUUCUUUAUGUUCUUCAUUCUUUUGAACAUGUUUUUGGCCAUCAUCAAUGAUACGUACUCUGAAGUCAAAUCGGAUAUGGCACAACAGAAGGCAGAAAUGGAACUGUCUGACCUUAUCAGAAAGGGCUACAACAAAGCCAUGAUCAAACUUAAAUUGAAGAAGACUACUGUUGAUGACAUUUCAGAAAGCCUGAGACAAGGUGGGGGAAAGUUAAAUUUUGAUGAGCUCCGGCAAGAUCUGAAAGGGAAGGGGCACACGGAUGCAGAGAUUGAAGCAAUAUUUACCAAAUAUGACCAGGAUGGGGACCAGGAAUUGACAGAGCAUGAACAUCAGCAGAUGAGAGAUGACCUUGAGAAAGAGAGGGAGGAUCUGGACCUGGAUAGGAGCUCUCUGCCACGUCCUCUGAGCAGCCGCAGCUUCCCCCGGAGCUUGGACGACUCUGAGGAGGAUGAGGAUGAAGACAGUGGACACAGCUCCAGGAGGAGGGGCAGCAGCUCUAGUGGGGUUUCCUAUGAAGAGUUCCAAGUGCUCAUGAGGCGGGUGGAUCGCAUGGAGCAUUCUAUCGGCAGUAUAGUCUCCAAGAUCGAUGCGGUUAUCGUGAAGCUUGAAGCGAUGGAGAGAGCCAAACUAAAAAGGAGAGAUGUGUUAGGAAGGCUGUUAGAUGGAGUAACAGAGGAUGAAAGACUGGGUCGUGACAAUGAAAUCCAUAGAGAACAAAUGGAGCGACUUGUGCGAGAGGAGUUGGAGAGGUGGGAAUCAGAUGACACGGCAUCCCAAAUGAGCCAUCGGUUGGGAACACCACUUGGACUGAAUGGCCAGCCUCGUUCAAGGAACUCUCGGCCAUCAUCCUCCCAGUCAGAUGGUAUUGAUGGGGGAGGAGGAAAUGGGGGGAAUAACAUCCAUGUGUAAGGAUUAACUUUGUAGGCGAUUCUGAAUGUUUCAGGUCAGUAUUAAGCCAGCAAAUACACUACUCCACUGUUUCCCAGCAUGAGGUGAUCAUCCUCAUCAGACCACUAAGGACAUUUCUCACCCAUGGGCAAAAGUAAAUAUUCUCUUCAAAAGGCAUUUUCAGACCUACAUAAGCCAUGUGUCACGUUCAAGUUGCCCACAGUAAACUGUCAGCCUUGCAAAUGAAAGUGCAGGAGGCAGAAUGGAAACAGUUGUUACAAAAUCUACCUGGCCAGAAGUUUGAUUCCAUACAUGUAUUAUGGGGACACUUCCACAAGGGCAUCAAGCUUCAGACAGAAUAAUGUGCUGUGGCUAAAACCACUCCACUGAAAGGCUGCAAGUAUUUUGCUUUCUGUUGGAAAAUAGGAUUUUUUCCCAAUGCUUUUAAAAGCAAUUUUUAAAAGAAGAUGGCAUGAAUUUAUUGCCUCAUUCAUUGUUAACAGCUGACACUUUUCAGAGAUAAAAUAGCACUUUUUUACUUUGCUUCUGCCUAUGUUUCUGAGUUAUUCUUGGUGUUACUAACAUUUUAAUCAACUUCAAAUGUUCAUUUCUUCCUGGUUUUGAGAAAUACUAUGUUUUUUUAAACAGAAGAAAGUACACUCACUUUGUACAAUGGUAAAUCACGUAUUCCAUAAUAGAAAUGUACACAUUGCAGGUGUUUGUGUUCCAUUAGCAUUUCAAAAGCACUAUUUGAGAGCUGCCUCUUCACACCCAAUGAAAGUAAUAAUUUUGGGCUUUGUUGCAAAGUGCCCAUUUUUUAAUGCUAUGAUUUCAUGAUCUAAGUGUUCCUGGGAUAAACAUUCCACCAAUUCUUAGGUAAAUAUGGUUACUUUGCAGAAAAUAGAUUCUUUCAAAGCUCACAAAAUUGAGAAACAUCAACUCUUCUGUGGGUACAACAGGGAAGGGGGCAGAGAAGUUGCUGAUGGUUUGCAGUCUGAUCCUGUGCUGUGUCAAGUUGUAACCAUGUCUCAACUGUGUAGUCUGUAUGUACAUUUAAAAGAACUGCUUGUAAUAUUAUUAGGUAUAUUUCUACAUAUGCUUCUCUGCUGAGGUGCAACACAUGAUGCCUUUCGAAAGGUGUUUGUAGUAUAAUCACUGAUUUUUAGUGUUUAGUUUCCUCUGCUUUCUGGGCCGUAGAAGCUUUGUUUAUGAAAGGACACUGAAAUUAGGUUGGUUUCCUACAGAAACCAUUGGGGCGUAGUGUUUGUGGUUUUGCCUAGCAACGUAUUUCCGUCUGUGGAAUACUGGUUUAGGAGGGAGUUUCAGUUGUGCUUUUUUUCCUGAAGAUGGCAGUUGUAUUUAAAGACUUAGAGUUGCUGUAAAGGAAGAGGGAAACCUACACAAUCAAACACAUCAAAGCUGUUAGCAGGGUAUAUAGAGGGAAAAAUGCCUAUUUAACAAAGUAUAAGUAGCAU